AGUUUUUGCGCCGCCUUUUGCGCCGCCUCCGCAGUUCCGCCUCCACCCUCGUUCGGGAAGCUGACGGGUGUCGCCGACAGGCUCCUACGGGAGCUGGAGCUGUCGCGGCUUGACGAUAUUGGGGUGCAAAGAAUGGCGCACGAGCCGGGAGAAUCGCUGCUUACCCCUUCAGGAGGCGCGUGAGCAGAGGAAGUGCAGACGGCAUGUUAUCCCUCGGCGAAUGGCUACUGUUCCUCUUCCUGUGGAGGCCGCUGCUUUCCGCAGUUGGCGAAGGAUUUUCUCUCUCCCUACCAGCACCCCAGAAUUUGACAAUUAAAUCAUAUAAUUUUCAGAAUGUAUUGAGCUGGUCUCCAGUUAAGGGAAUCAAUGGCCCAGUGUUUUACAGGGUUCAGCGUUGCUUACCUUCUGACCGAACAUGGGAAAAAGUGAACUGCAGAGAUAUCACAAAACCUGAAUGUGAUUUUGAGUCUAUCAAGAAUUCUCUUAGAAUUAUUUUGCGGGUUAGAGCUGAAGAAGGCAACUUAAAAUCUGAAUGGAGUGAAACAGAUUCCUUUGUUGCUCAAAAAGAUACCAUUAUAGGACCGCCGAGAAAAAUAAAUGUAACCUCGGAAGCUAACACAAUUCUUAUAAGUUUCUUGCCUCCCUUUGAGAAAAGAAGUAAUUUCUCUUCAUUUGACUAUACAAUCUAUUGGGAGAAUUCAGAAAAUAAAGCACAAACCAUGAAUACUGUACACAAAUUUAAGGAUCUAAAAGAACGAACUACAUAUUGCUUUAGGAUACAAGCAAGACUGCAUGGACUCGAAGGAGAAAAAAGUGGUAUUCAUUGUGCAAAGACUACAAUCACAGACGGAACAAGAAUGCUCCACUGCAUAUUGAUAUUGAUAUUUGUGUUUUUAAUGCUAGCUUUGGUAUUUUCGCUUUUAAUGAUUAUUCGGAAAUAUCAGAAUAUAAUUAAGUCCUUUUGGCAACCUCCUCUAACAAUACCAACACACUAUACAGAGGACCUUAAUGACCCCGAAAUGAUUACAAUUGAAGAAUUUCACAACUCUGCAGCAGAAGACCCUUGUGACAUUAUUUCAGUUACCUCCAAAGCAGAAGAUGAUACGAUUCUGACAAGUUUUGCCAGUGAACAUAGUUGAUACAUAAUAUGAUGAAAAAUAUUUUAACAUCAUUUACACUUUAUCCAUUACCAUCAAAUUAUUUUAUCUGUUUGUUCAAGAUCACCCAAUUUCUAAGGAAGUUCCACUCAUCCAUCUGCAUAGCACUGUGAAUUAAAAAACUGAUUUUCAUAGCAUGGGGUUUUUCAUUUGGAAGAAAGUCCUAAUAUUUUAUAGGUUUUGUCAUGUUUAGAAUUUUAGUGUGAAU